AUGGUGAUGAAAUGGAGUGACUUAUUAGGAGAAAGCUUAAUUGAAGUCAAUGCUCGACGAGAUAGUAACAUUUAUCGAUAUGCACCGAUCAGUGAACUCGACAACAAAGUUGUUGCUAUCUAUUUUGCGGCUCACUGGUGUGUACCUUCUCAAAAUUUGACUCCAGAAUUGUCUACAUGUUAUACAGAAGUCCAAUCUGAAUUACAAGAUCGAUUUGAAAUUGUAUUUGUGUCGUUGGACGAAGAUGAAAAAUCUUUCAAUGAAUAUUUUCAAACUAUGCCAUGGAAAGCCAUUCCUUUUUCAGAUCGAGAUCGACAGAAAAACUUGUAUGAAAAGUUCAAACUAGAAGGCAUUCCAACACUGGUUGUUCUAUCAGCUGAUGGAGUCUUGUUAAAUCCAGACGGCUGUGAUGAUAUUGAUAAUAAAGGAUCCGAUGCUAUCCGAUCCUGGUCAAAAUGA